UCUCAAGCGGUACAAUUCCAUUAUAGCAAUGCUAGCGGUGUUGUUAAUAACAUCACUCGUAAAGAUGGUGAUGACGACUUAGUCUUAACCAUUAAUACAGCUCAACUUAACGACUACACUGGACCGCCUGUAGCCGACCAAGAUUUGGACUACGUAGACGCUGAAACAGGCAAAUUGAUCAUUUCAAAAGACGACCACGGUACACAUGCUAAAAGGUUAGGACUUAAUGGAUGUUGUUCCAGCGAAGAUUGGUGGUGGACUAAACGUGAUACUACCUUCGGUAGUCAAAAAUCGUAA